GCUGCGCCUCCGCCAGCAGUCCGCCCGCCAGAGACACAGCUCCGCGACUCCCAGCCUCCUCCUCGCCGCCGCCGCCGCCGCCGCCUCCUCCUCCUCUUCCUCCUCCUCCCUCGCUCCCACAGCCAUGUCUGCUUAGACCAGAGCAACUCCGCCGCCGCCGCACCUCGGCAGCAGCCGCCGCCACCGCCGCCGGGACAGCCGCCGCCCGCCCCGCGCGCCCGCCCGCCGGGGAGCGAUGACAGGGGUGUUUGACAGGAGGGUCCCCAGCAUCCGAUCCGGCGACUUCCAAGCCCCGUUCCCCACAUCCGCGGCCAUGCACCACCCGCCCCAGGAGUCGCCCACUCUGCCCGAGUCCUCGGCCACCGACUCCGACUACUACAGCCCCGCGGGCGCGGCCCCGCACGGCUACUGCUCUCCUACCUCGGCCUCCUACGGCGGCAAGGCGCUCAGCCCCUACCCGUACCAGUACCCCGGCGCGGGCGGCGCCGCCGGCGGCUACCCCGCCAAAGCCUACGCCGACUAUGGCUACGCCAGCCCCUACCACCAGUACGGCGGCGCCUACAACCGCGUGCCCGGCGCCGCCAGCCAGCCAGAGAAAGAAGUGGCCGAGCCCGAGGUGAGGAUGGUGAAUGGCAAACCAAAGAAAGUUCGCAAACCCAGGACUAUUUAUUCCAGCUUUCAGCUGGCUGCGUUACAGAGAAGGUUUCAGAAGACUCAGUACCUCGCCCUGCCCGAACGCGCCGAGCUGGCCGCCUCGCUGGGCCUGACGCAAACACAGGUGAAAAUCUGGUUUCAGAACAAAAGAUCCAAGAUCAAGAAGAUCAUGAAAAACGGGGAGAUGCCCCCGGAGCACAGCCCCAGCUCCAGCGACCCCAUGGCGUGUAACUCGCCGCAGUCUCCGGCGGUGUGGGAGCCUCAGGGCUCAUCGCGCUCGCUCAGCCACCACCCUCAUGCCCACCCUCCGGCCUCCAACCAGUCCCCCGCGUCCAGCUACCACCUGGAGAACUCGGCUUCCUGGUACCCGAGCGCCGCCAGCUCCAUCAACUCCCACCUGCCGCCGCCCGGCUCCUUACAGCACCCGCUGGCGCUGGCCUCUGGGACGCUCUAUUAGACCAGCCUCUUUCUCUUGCUGAUUUUUUUUUUUUUUUUUUUGGGACUGCUGUGUUUUGCUGUUUUAGAAAAAUCAUAAAAGAAAGGAAUUCAUAUGGGGAAGUUUGGAAACCGGAAACAAAACAAAAAAGAUUCAUGUGUAAAGCUUUUUUUUUUUUUUUUUUUUGCAUGUAAGUUAUUGCAUUUCAAAGGACCCUGACCCCCUCCUUUUUUUUUACAGACACUUUUUUUUUUUUUUGCGCAACUGUGGACACUAUCAAUGGUGCCUUGAAAUCUAUGACCUCAACUUUUCAAGAGACUUUUUUCAAUGUUGUUUUAACCAUGUAAAUAAGUGUAGAUAGAGGAGUUAAACUGUAUAUUCUGGAUAAAUAAAAUUAUUUCGAUCAUGAAA